AUGUCCAUCACUUACCUUGAUCAAUCAUCAGCACAAUCUUUAGAUGUUGAGCUUAUGAGUCCAGAAUAUGGUUAUACAAUAGAACAAUUAAUGGAAUUAGCAGGUUUAGCUUGUGCACAAGCCUUACAAUCAGUUUAUCCUCCAAGUGAUCAUCCUCGUGUACUUGUUUGUUGUGGACCUGGUAAUCAAGGUGGUGAUGGAUUAGUUGCUGCUCGUCAUCUGUUUCAUUUUGGUUAUCAAGUUACGAUUUAUUAUCCAAAACAAACUAACAAAGAUUUAUACCAAAGACUUUUAAAACAAUGUGAAACAUUAGAAAUCGAAACGGUUACUUUUGAAAAAGAGUUUAAUGAAGAAUCAAAAGAAGAAGAAUUUAAAAAACUUAUGAAAGAUUCAAAUGUGAUCUUAGAUGCAAUCUUUGGAUUUUCAUUUAAAGGCCUCCCACGUAGUCCAUUCGAUUUCAUGAUCUCCAUUUUAAAAAAUUACAAACCAAGACCACCGAUAGUUUCAGUAGAUAUUCCUUCAGGUUGGGAUAUCGAAUUAGGAGAUCCAAACCAUUCUUAUUUCAAACCUGAAGUGCUUAUUUCACUUACGAUGCCAAAAUUGGGUUCAAAAACUUUUGAUGGAAUUCAUCUUUUAGGUGGAAGGUUUUUACCUCCAAAACUAGCAAGGAAGUAUAGAUUACAGGUUCCAAUUUACCCCGGUUCAGUUUAG